UAAGAGCUCGGCACCGUGGCACUUCAAAGCGUGCGCUCACUACAAUUAGGUCGAGUAGUCCGGAGAACCAGGCAGUGAGUGAAUAGUCAUAUUCCUCAACUGUCUCAGCCUCGUUUCGUUUAAAUUAGGGGCAACGCAUCAGCAAGCAGAAGAACGAUCCAGCCAUGGCAACUUCAAUACUUGGGGAAGAACCCAGGUUUGGAACCACUCCGUUGGCAAUGCUGGCCGCAACCUGUAACAAAAUUGGCAACACAAGCCCAUUAACAACUUUGCCAGAAUCCAGUGCAUUUGGUAAGGGCGGAUUUCACCCGUGGAAACGUUCUGUUUCCAAUUGUAACCUGGGAUCUGGCCUGUCAGGAUUCAGCGUGGCCAACAGCCGAGCUUCGGGCGGAAUCAGUAACAGUUUCUCCGUGAGCAAUGGUUCCGGGAACAGCGCCUUCUGUUUGGCUUCCACCUCUCCAACCUCUUCUGCUUUUGGCACCGAAUACAGCCUUUUCUCGAACUCUGUCUCAGCUACUGUCAACUCCCAAGACACCGGGCAAUCAGCGUUCAUAUCCAAAGUUCACUCUUCCGCUGAUACUCUCCAAGGGAUGUACCCGAGGGUAGGAAUGGCUCAUCCAUAUGAAUCCUGGUACAAAUCCGGUUUCCACACCAGCAUUUCCGGCGAAGUUGGGAGCGGGGCUUCUUCCUGGUGGGACGUACACACUAACCCAAGUUGGCUGGAGGUCCAGAAUCCCAAUGGGGGCCUGCAGCCCUCCCUUCAUUCUGGGACACCACAGGCUUCGCUGCACUCCCAACUGAGCACUUACAACGCAGACUUCUCCACCCUGAGCCAUUCCGCCUUCAGUUCCACCGGCCUCGGUUCGACAGCUUCUCACCUGUUGUCCACUGGACAACGCCUCCUGGCCCAAGAUGGCUUCAAGCCUAUGAUCCCAUCCUAUACGGAUUCCACCUCGGCUGCAAUCACGGCGAACUCGAUGAUUUCGGGUCCUUCGGGACUAGGAAGUUCGGCCAGGUCCUCCCGACGUUAUUCUGGCCGAGCAACCUGCGAUUGCCCCAAUUGCCAGGAGGCCGAGCGCCUUGGACCUGCUGGGGCGAGUCUCCGGAGGAAGGGCCUCCACAGCUGUCACAUUCCAGGAUGCGGUAAGGUCUACGGCAAGACCUCUCACCUUAAAGCACACUUGAGGUGGCACACUGGCGAGAGGCCCUUCGUCUGUAACUGGUUGUUCUGCGGUAAACGGUUCACCCGAUCAGACGAGCUGCAGAGACAUUUGAGAACCCACACGGGGGAGAAGCGCUUCGCCUGUCCCGUCUGCAACAAACGGUUUAUGAGGAGCGAUCAUCUAAGUAAACACAUCAAAACACACAGCGGCGGCGGGGGCAAAAAGGGCAGCGACAGUGACACCGACACCAGCAACUUGGAGACCCCUAGAUCAGAGUCACCAGAUAUCCUCAUGGAAGCUGUGCACUCCAAUAGAGCGAUCAAGACAGCUACCCCGGUACAAAAUGAUUCCUAAAUCUAACCCCCUAAAAGGGGGAACGCAUUAAAACUGUUGUGUCCAAAAUAACUGUUAUGUACCUGGAGUUCCAAGCCCUGUACUAUCACGGAAGGUGCAUCUUAAAAGGAGGUGAGCAAAUGUACAUCAAAUGCUUGGGACUUGUUUCUCCCUGUAUAAGGCUGUUAAAAUUCUAUGUACAGAAGAAGUUCAGAACGUCCCGUGUUUUCUCUUCUUUUUCUUGUAAAUGUUUGAUAAAGCUAUUUUGUGACUUGGUCGCAUUUGAUUUGGGGAGAUUUUUGAGUUCAAUGCACUUUGUGAAAGUCAAUAUGUAAUAGAUUAUUGAAUAUUAAUCAGCUCAUUCACAUACUAUAUGAACAGCAAAUCUGCGCCGCAUAUUUUAAAGGAAGUAUUAUAUGCAUUUAUCUGUAUAAAUAAAUUGUGCAAGUGCUAACAUGGAACACGUCUUUGUUAUUAAAUUACUCCAUUCCAUAUCAACCAAAACAUACCUUAAAAUAUUAUAAAGGUAUUUUCCAAAAUAAAGCAUGCACAAUUUUACAACCAUAAAUGGUGGGACAAAGGACUAAGAAUUCUUUGGAAAAAAGUUCGUCAAUUUUUUGAUAAUUUCAUAUAGUAACAGAAUUUAAGUUGCUUAUUUAGAUGCAUUAGGUUUACGAAAAUAUGUAGGCAUAUCAAAAUACAACGUUAUUGUGUAUUGUAUAGAUGCGACAAUUUCUGUGCUAUUAACUGUUUUUCAUAAGAGCCGUUGUGAAAUAUACAUAUCUAACAUACAAUGCGGUUACAAUGCUGUGAACGCAGAGGCACAGCUGAGUUCUCUAUGGAAUAGGUGAGUAGUUAAUACCCCGUAGCAGACAUUUCAUGCCUUAAUGAAAAGCUUGUUAAAUGUUAGUAAUUUUGACUUGGAACACACAGCAGCCCCCUGUGCCUUGUAUUCCCGAUUAGAGAUUCAUGUCUUAUCAAAUAUCCAAUUAAUCUCUCAGACAUCAUUUGUUCCCGUGAACUUUAUCCGAGCUUGUCCAAGUAAAACUCUUGAGAUUUCUAGUGACAAUGCUCCCUUGAAGAUCCAUUUUAAUUGUUCAAAUUAACUGGAUAGAUUUGCAUGUCAAACGCGUAAGGACGGAUUCAUGAUAAAAUGUGAGCGUUUCAAAUAAAAACUGGGGCACUCGAUUUGAUAACCGCUCUCUUUAUGUUAUGAAGGCAACUGUUUCAUUGCUUUUCAAACGCAGCAAAUGUAUGCUAAUGCUGAAUUUGAAAUGCUUAUGUUCCCAGUCAAAUGGCCCUUAAACGUUAUUUGAAUAUCACUGGCUUGGGUAUUGAAAAGGUUCAAGGAUGCUCUCUGACUUCUUUGUGAUUACUCACUGCAGCGUCUGAAGCAAAUGAAACCAAACGAAUAAUUAUAGGCUGGGCUUAGGCAUGGGAACACGUUUGGGACCGGGAUCUCAUUUACCAAGGUUCUUUCAAACUCUAUACAGUUAAAUUGACCAGAAGGUAAUUAUUGGAAAGAAAAUAGUUUUAAUUAUCUUUUGUUCUCAGCUCGCACGCGUUACAACAGCAAAUCUGCUGAGAAUUCCUCGAAUGUUUUAAAGCAUCUGUCCCAUGCUUUCUCCCAAAUUAUUAAACAUUCACUCAAACACAUUUACUAGUAUUUGUUCUAACAGCGAAUAUACUUCAUAAACACGAAUGGAUAUAAAGCAAGCAUUCUGUUAACAAUAAAAGUUUUCUACCAUAAUCAAGGCAUCUUUCUAAGCAGACAACUUUAGAAAUAAAUUUGGCUAUUAAAGUAAUCGACAUUUUAAAAGAACUAAUGUGGAUAAUUGUGAGUGCGAUAGCUUGGAAAAAAGGUGGGCUGGUGUCUGGGGAAUUGAACUGAAGUCAUUGCCAGUGACUUUGGUUGCUGGUUAUUUUUCUUGGUAUGCAUUCUUGGUGGGUGUUGGGCAGAAGUCAGUAUUGUUUCUUAUACAGAACCGAUGGAGAUCAAAGCAAAUUAUACUGGUCCGCUUCACGACGGGCCACAGGGCUACAAUCCCCAGCUGAAUGAUCAAGGCUCAGUUUGGAUUGCUUUUGCCCCUCGUAGGUCAAAUAGUUGUCCAUCAUUCUGUGACUCCCCGAGAGAGAAACAGAUUGAAAUACAAACAGAAGAAACCCAUUGAAUUAAAAAUACUGUCAAAUAUUACACACCAAAAGACAUACACGCAAAUCUUUAUCGUGACUACUUUAAAACACGAUUCGUGAUCACCUUAUUGGUUUAGUUAUCUUCAGUACUAGGAGGCAUUGUAUAAUAGUGAAUGUUAAUCAUAUAAGUUCAACGUUCAAUCUUUUAAGAGUAACUGCAAAAAAAAUGCGGUAAGUUAAAAGAAAUGUGAGAUCAUUCUAAAAUACAUUAAGUUUUCACAGCUUAAGAAAGGGCGAAUCGUCGUCACAGCGCAACAAAAGCGUUGGAAAAAUUAAUUCUGUGUGUAACAACAAUUGAAUUGUACCAAAACGAUAUUCUUCCGUUUGUACAGAGAAGCGUGAGUGCGCUUUCCCUUUUAUAUGCGGGUUCAAAAAUAGGUUAUAAUUUGAAAACCGAUAAAGAUACUGAAAUAAUCAACACUUGUUAUGUUUUCUAAGGAGUUUCAGAGAUAAGUAUUCAUUGUUUUGAGUAUCUUGAUUUAAUUUUUCGAAACCGAAACAGAACAUAUAAACGGCGCCAAGUACUCUUACUAGCAGGUGAGGAUUUGAAAUCAUAAUUUCAAUAAUACAUUUGUUUUAAAAGAUAAAAUUGUAUAAGCAUAAAGAUACCAUGCACUUUACUCCCCUUCAUUUUCCUAAUUAUAAGCGCAACCUGUGUACAUAUGCCAUCACUCAAUGAAACAAUUGGUUUUCAAAGGUACUUUUGUAUAAUCCAAAUUGAAGUAUUAACAAAAUGGCAAGAACUUAGUUUAUUCGGCACCGAAGUUAGAAACCAAGUAAACAUUUACGAUUUAUUUUUCGAAGCUGAUGUACAAUAAUGUUGAAUUAUUUGGAGAAAAAAAUCAUUUUACUGUAAUAAAUAUUUGUAGCUGUAAACCGGCCAUAGAAAAACAUUAAAGAAUAACAGUUGGGCAGACUACAUGACGCCAACUUGGUUAGAGAUACAAUUAUUACAAUUUGUCUAUAAAAAUAAUUGAAAUCUCAAGUUGAGAGUGGACUUAUUUUGCGUGGAGAAACUGAAAAAAAAAUGCAGCGAACAUUGAUAUCACUUUACAGGUUUUUGGACGACAGCAAGUUCUUGCAGUGAAGACAUGUCUGCACAUUUGCUACACAGUUAUAGUAGUUGCAAAUCUAUUGCCUUAAAAAGGUGGUCAGGAUCGUAUUGCAAUAAUCCAAGAGAAAAGGCUGAAACCAUCCAAUUUGUUUCAUUCCUGAUGAAGCGCUUUUGCCCGAAACGUCGAUUCUCCUGCUCCUCCGAGGCUGCCUGACCUGCUGUGUUUUUCAGCCCCGCACUCUCAUCAAAUCUGUUUGCCGACUUUAUUUUCAGUUACACCAAGGGCAGCGAAUUUUGUAAACCUUUAUGUGCUAAUUAUCCUGACGAACCAACUCCAGGGCGGUUAGAUGAAGAUCCCUGUCUAUGGCAUAUUUAAAAUUUCAUUGUGGGUCUCGUGUUCUUUUUUCUCUAAAUCCUGACCAUACAGCGACAUCUACCGUUUCAACUUUCAGUGUCCCUUUCAUGGACCUCACGGAAUGGAUAUUUCAGUGAGAAGUUGAGAACAACUGUAUCGUAUUUGGCUGAUUUUAUGUAGAAGUCAAUCGGAUUUUCUAUUUGAUGCUGGCGUCGCUAUGUAUUAUCUCUAACGUACAUAUAUAUAUCUCAUAAAUUAAUCUAUCCAUUAAAAUAGCAGAAGCAAAACGGACAAGAUUAUAAAUGUGUUGUCAUGUAACGUUUCAUACAAUUUUAUUUAAAAAGCUGGUGUUAGAAAACAAGAUUCUUCAUAAAAUAUGUGCAUAAUUACAUAGUCAAAUUAAUUUUAACUUAGAAGUUACUCGAUGUGAAUGUAUUUUACUAUAAUAUUAGGAAUUCGAAUUAACUGUGACGCUUCGGUUUGGUUUCCUCUCCCUGGAAUCUUGGAAUAGUGAAUGUGAAACGGAUAAACAAUGUG